GGGGCGGCCAGCCAUGACCUUCGGGCGCGGCGGGGCGGCCUCGGUGGUGCUGAACGUGGGCGGCGCCCGGUACUCGCUGUCCCGGGAGCUGCUCAAGGACUUCCCGCUGCGCCGCGUGAGCCGGCUGCACGGCUGCCGCUCGGAGCGCGACGUGCUCGAGGUGUGCGACGACUACGACCGGGAGCGCAACGAGUACUUCUUCGACCGACACUCGGAGGCCUUCGGCUUCAUCCUGCUGUACGUGCGCGGCCAUGGGAAGCUGCGCUUCGCGCCGCGGAUGUGCGAGCUCUCCUUCUACAACGAGAUGAUCUACUGGGGCCUGGAGGGCGCGCACCUGGAGUACUGCUGCCAGCGCCGCCUAGACGACCGCAUGUCCGACACCCACACCUUCCACGCGGCAGACGAGCUGGGCCGCGAUCAGCCUCGUCCCGCCGGGCCCGAGGCGGCUCCCUCCCGGCGCUGGCUGGAGCGCAUGCGGCGGACCUUCGAGGAGCCCACGUCGUCGCUGGCCGCGCAGAUCCUGGCCAGCGUGUCCGUGGUGUUCGUGAUCGUGUCCAUGGUGGUGCUGUGCGCCAGCACGCUGCCCGACUGGCGCGCAGCGGCCGCCGACAAUCGCAGUCUGGAUGACCGGAGCAGGUACUCCGCCAGCCCUGGGAGGGAGCCCUCCGGGAUAAUUGAAGCUAUCUGCAUAGGCUGGUUCACCGCGGAGUGCAUCGUGCGGUUCAUCGUCUCCAAAAACAAGUGUGAGUUUGUCAAGAGACCCCUGAACAUCAUUGACUUACUGGCAAUCACACCCUAUUACAUCUCUGUGCUAAUGACAGUAUUUACAGGCGAGAACUCUCAACUCCAGAGGGCUGGGGUCACCUUGAGGGUCCUCCGGAUGAUGCGGAUCUUCUGGGUGAUUAAACUCGCCCGGCACUUCAUCGGUCUGCAGACACUGGGUUUGACUCUCAAGCGAUGCUACCGGGAGAUGGUUAUGUUACUUGUCUUCAUCUGUGUUGCCAUGGCAAUCUUUAGUGCACUCUCUCAGCUCCUUGAACAUGGGUUGGACCUGGAAACAUCCAACAAGGACUUCGCCAGCAUUCCCGCUGCCUGCUGGUGGGUGAUUAUCUCUAUGACUACAGUUGGCUAUGGAGAUAUGUAUCCUAUCACAGUGCCUGGAAGAAUUCUUGGAGGAGUUUGUGUUGUCAGUGGGAUUGUUCUGUUGGCAUUACCUAUCACUUUCAUCUACCAUAGCUUUGUGCAAUGCUACCACGAGCUCAAGUUUAGAUCAGCUAGAUAUAGUAGGAGCCUUUCAGCUGAGUUCCUGAAUUAAUGUGUUGCAAAUCAGUCCUUGUGCACACUUCAU